AUCCGGGUCCCAGAUUAGCCGAGGUGUGGAUGCCCCGGCAGGUACGGCGCAUGCGCCGGGAGUUGCCGAGCGGCUGGCGAUCGCGCUGGAGGUGUGAAUGGGAUCGCGCUCGAAGGAAAAUAAAUUAACCAACUAGAGUCGGCGGCGUCCACCUUUCAAACUACGGCCGGGAGCCGGCGUCUUCAGUCGGGUUCGGCUUGGCCUCUUGAGAGUGACUGUUAGUUGUCUGGGGGGAGCGGAAGCGUGUUGGGCUCGGUGGCAGGGCGGUGUGAAGGAGCGACUGCGGCUCGGAGACAGAGCGAGGGGGGCGACUGAAGCCAGGAGAAUGGGGUGUACGCUCAGCACCGAGGACAAAGAUGCGGUGGAGAGGUCCAAGAUGAUCGACAGAAACCUGCGAGAAGAUGGGGAGAAAGCGGCGAGGGAAGUCAAACUGCUGCUUUUGGGUGCUGGGGAAUCUGGCAAGAGCACCAUUGUUAAACAAAUGAAGAUUAUACAUGAGGCUGGUUAUUCAGAAGAAGAAUGUAAGCAAUAUAAAGCUGUUGUGUACAGCAAUACAAUUCAGUCCAUUAUUGCCAUCAUUCGAGCAAUGGGAAGAUUGAAGAUAGACUUCGGCGAUUCUGCGAGAGCAGAUGAUGCUCGCCAGUUGUUUGUCUUGGCUGGUGCUGCAGAAGAAGGUUUUAUGACGGUGGAACUUGCAGGCGUAAUCAAAAGACUCUGGAAGGAUAGUGGUGUUCAGGCAUGUUUUAGUAGGUCCAGAGAAUAUCAACUGAAUGACUCUGCUGCAUAUUAUCUGAAUGAUUUAGAUAGAGUUGCACAAGCAAGUUACAUUCCAACUCAGCAAGAUGUUUUGAGGACCAGAGUUAAAACAACAGGCAUUGUGGAGACUCAUUUCACGUUUAAGGACCUGCACUUUAAAAUGUUUGAUGUGGGAGGCCAGAGGUCUGAGCGCAAAAAGUGGAUCCACUGCUUUGAAGGAGUAACUGCCAUUAUAUUUUGUGUGGCUCUCAGCGAUUAUGAUCUUGUGCUUGCCGAAGAUGAGGAGAUGAAUCGAAUGCAUGAGAGCAUGAAGCUAUUUGAUAGCAUCUGUAACAACAAAUGGUUCACAGACACAUCUAUCAUACUGUUCUUGAACAAGAAAGAUCUGUUUGAAGAGAAGAUAAAGAGGAGCCCUCUUACAAUUUGCUUUCCUGAGUAUGCAGGAUCAAACACAUAUGAAGAGGCUGCAGCUUACAUACAAUGUCAGUUUGAAGAUCUGAACAAACGAAAGGACACCAAGGAAAUUUACACCCACUUUACAUGUGCCACAGACACCAAAAAUGUGCAGUUUGUGUUUGAUGCCGUCACUGAUGUCAUUAUAAAGAAUAAUUUAAAGGACUGUGGUCUGUUUUAAAGCUGUUGAAGGGAUUGAUGGAAAAUAACUUCAGUUCAACCUGUCUGCUUCUGGAUUAAAGUUAAGGGAAGACAUACUGAUUGGAGGACCAGUACUGUACAAUUUGCCAGUUGUAACAGCUUUAUUUAUGUUUGUCUUGUAUAUUUUAUAAGUAAUUAGAAUAGUAUACUUUGAGUACUUUGUCCAAUUUGUUUGUGUGCCUGUAACUGUAGCAUUGUUUAUUGUAAGACGUUUUACAAGUUUAUUUUCCUAAGACCUUCAAAUCUUAGAAUUGUGUCUCUAAGAGGAGGAACAUUUGUACUUUGGCUUACUCAAGACAAUAAGAGCACAUUUCCUUUCUAGCUUUGGUUAAUUCUGCAUGCCUUGUUAAUUGUGCAGGGUACUAUGCUUGGCAGAAUGUAGCAUGAAUGUAUUAAGCUAACAAGUUUCUUGUGGUCAUCACCUUUAUUUGCUUCCACACCAUGAUUGGGAGCACAUUGCUAUGUUCUGCUCCAUUUAAGAAGGGUUUUAAUCAGUUCACUGCUGCUGACGGCAGAGUACUAACCAUUGUUGUUCUACAUUGCCUUAAAGGUAAUGCCAAUAUUUUAUACACUUUUAACUGAUCAAAAUAAGCAUUUUUGUAUUCAAGGCUUAACGUUUGUACAUGUAUCCUUUGGAAUGAUUCGUUGAGUAUUUGGGAGAGUAGAAAGACCAAACGUAUCACUUAAUAAAAUUGCAGUCACUCAGGCAGUGUCUAUUAAAUUUGAGAAGAUGUGCUCCACCAAAAAAAUGUCCACUCCACUUACAGAAAGGAUGGCAUUUUACAACAUAGAAUUCUGAUCAAUAGGACCAGAGAUAAAGGUACUUUUGAGUUUACAUUUACAGAAGUACAUUUUUUUAAGCUGUAACUCUCACAUUUGAGGUCAAGUUGGAAGUCUGUUUCAAAUGCUUUCUGCUGUACAGGCUACCAGUUUCUCCACUAUUUGCUGGCAUUUUUUUUUUAAGUUUCUUUCUUUAUCCUUGUGCAGGUGAUGAAUUUUGCUGCUUAAGUGCUUAACUUAAGAUUGUCUUGAAUCUGUUCUUUUUACUACCAUAAUAUGGAAGUAUGUAAAAUGUAAUCUUGGCAAAAGCUGUCAUUUAGUAAAUUUUGUAGAUACUUUACAAUUUUUUUAGUGCUGGUAUCUAGAUGAUUUUUGUCUAAACUAGUGUCACCUGUGCAUAUGUUUGACCAAUUUUAGCAUUUAAUUCUAACUUAAGCUGGGUCAGAUAUGGUUAUGUAAAGCAAAAUAAGCAUAAAGUGCAUGCAUUCUUAUACUGCAAUGUGGGAAUGCAGUCAUUAUCAACAUGCUUUUAUACUGUUAUAACUGUUGCCUACACCCUAAAGAAUAUGCAGACUAAAAGCAGGUACCUAAAUAAAAUUUAACACCUUUUGGAGCUAUUUUGUGCAUUUCAGUGAUGUAGGCUACAAUUGUUGUUAAAUGUACUAACUGUACAGAUGAAUUUAUGUAAAAUUUAUUUUUAGUUUGUUGACCUGCAGGUUAGUGUUAAAAGAAAAUUUGCUAAAGUCACUGAUUUUUAAUGUAACAAAAUUUAUAAAGUUACCAAACUAUUAAUCCAUGUAUGUUGGGUCAACAAACAUUAUCCUGUUGAUUUUCUUUGAAGUGUAUCCUCUUCAUCUGUAAGAGGAAAUUAGGACUUGGAUAGCUAAUAAUCAAUAAAGAGUUAUUUACA